UCCGUUUCCGGCCCCGUUAGUGAGUGUUGCUAGGCGACCGCCUGAGGGUUCCCUGGGAAUCUGGAACCUGCAGGAUUGGGUCGAGGGAAGGCACUGCGGAGUGCGCGUGAGGGGCGCCGACGGCUCUCCGAGCAGGGACUGACCCAGUCGGUGUCGCCUUCCGCUGCAGCGCUGGCCCCGGGAGACCCGCCCCGGGCUCCUGUCUCCGUCGGUCGGGGGUUCGUGGAUGUUGGGGGAGCAGGACGCGGCCGUCUGAGGCGCGGAGAGCUCCGCGCGACGCCCCGGGCCCUGAGGAGAGACGGAACCACCCGGGUGUUCUUUGCGGGACAGCAAGUCUUUACUUCAAGAUGAGCUUCCUUUUGCCCAAACUGACUAGCAAAAAGGAAGUUGACCAGGCAAUAAAAUGCACUGCAGAGAAGGUAUUGGUGCUCAGGUUUGGGAGAGAUGAGGAUCCUGUCUGUCUGCAACUGGAUGAUAUUCUCGCUAAAACCGCCGCUGACCUGAGUAAAAUGGCCACCAUCUACCUAGUAGACGUGGACCGAACUCCAGUGUACACACACUACUUUGACAUCAGUUAUAUUCCCUCCACGGUGUUCUUCUUCAACGGGCAGCACAUGAAAGUCGAUUAUGGGCCUCCUCGAUGGGGUUGUGCUGACCCAGGCAACGUUUUGCCCCUCCGAGCCCAAGUUUUUCCUGGGCCCACCAUAUCCUUCUAGUGACUUGAGGGACCUCGGGGGAGACACCAGAUUGAUUGCCUGCCCUCGGGAACACCUGUCCACGACACACUUCCCGAAUCAACCUUUCCACCCCCAGGAAAGCUCUUCAGAUGCCAGGAGUCCACAUGCUGCUUGUCUGCUCUGGCCCGAAGGCCUUGUCCUUUGGAGUCUCGCCCUGUGCUGUUGCCCAAGUGUUUCACAAACCCGCCGUGUGCCAACUCCAGGUCAUUCCCUCCCGGCUCCCACAUUUCCUGAUGCAGGUGGCAAGCCACUCACUCCAUUCCGUGUGUGACCGCAAAGUGCCUCCGGGAAUUUUCCCAGCUGGGAAUUCCCAGGGUCAUCCCUGGAGAUCAGGCGGAUAAUGCCAUAGUCCCAGCACAUUCCUCAUGGAGAGAGUCUGGCAUGUGUGUCAGACAUGAAGGAAGCAGGUAACAUGUUUUCCAGAUACAUGCAAGAUUGCACUGGACCUCUCUGACUUCUCUAAUAGGCUGGAAAAAGAAAAUUGACUAAAUGGAGAGAAAAUCCCCGUGAACAUCAAAUCAAGCACAUAGAGGUUUAUUUUCUUUUAAAAAGGUGGGGAAGUUUAAUGUCCUGUAAUUAACAUGGCUAUGAUAUGUGCAAUUCCCCGCCCGCCUUUCCUGCCACACAUCUCUUUUUUGUGAGCAAUAUACCAAUUUUCGUUUGCAAUAAACCUUGAAAAAUAUCAGAAGAAAAAAAGGUGGAGAAGUCAAUGACAAGAGCUGGUUUUGACAGUUCUGUGAAGCUCUCUCCAGCAUUGGGGCCUGUGGGCUGACAGAUUCAGAGGCUGCCAGAGUUCCAGCAAUCAGACCUGUUUCCAGCAGCAGACUGCCCAGGAGCUGCACACAGUACUUUUACAUAGUUGAGUAUAUGUCCAUUGAGUAGAAUUUGAUUAUUUAUACACACACUGCUGGCAAUGGAGAUAGAUGUAGUCUUCGAGAAUAUAGCACGUGGGGCCUUUGAUAAAACUAUUGGCCAGAUCACCUUGAAUUUGAUGGUCUUAGAUUUCAAAAGACUAAAGAAAGAUACAGUGACUGAUUGUACAAGGCACUUUUUUUUUUUUGCUUUUUUUUUUUGGGUCACACCUGGCGAUGCACAGGGGUUACUCCUGGUUCUGCACUCAGGAAUCACUCCUGGCCAUGCUCAGGGGACCAUAUGGGAUGCUGGGAAUCGAACCCGGGUCUCCCGAGUGCAAGGCAAAUGCCCUACCCACUGUGCUAUUGCUCCAGCCCCUGUACAAGUCACUUUUAAGACAAUGGAAUCUCUACUGAAGGCUAGAUAGUAGAAAAUCAGGUCUAAUCAUAGAAUCAUGGCAUCACAGAAACCUGUUCUCAUUUUUAUUUUUAUUUAUUUAUUCUUUUUGGGUCACACCCAGCAUUGCACAGGGGUUACUCCUGGCUCUGCACUCAGGAAUUACUCCUGGUGGUGCUCAGGGGACCAUAUGGGAUGCUGGGAAUCGAACCCGGGUCGGCUGCUUGCAAGACAAAUGCCCUACCCGCUGUGCUAACGCUCCAGCCCCCUGUUCUCAUUUUUAGAAGACAGAGGUGGUGAGAUACUGAAUAAUGAAGUGUCCUAACAUUUACCUCUUCCUUCAAAAUGAUUCAUCCAAUACGAAUAGGCAGAAAGACUGGUAUAGAAAACCUGAAAAGGGGGCUGGAGCUAUAGCACAGCGGGGAGGGCGUUUGCCUUGCACUCGGCCAA